CCUUUAGAUGACGUCAUCCGCAAGUGCCGUAACCAGGCGUGCAACCACCGCCUCUGCCUCUGGGAGUUGAAGUUUCUGGAGGAGGACCGGACGCGUGGAGCGGUGGGCACUUCAGAAAGGCUUUCUGACCGCACCCUGGCGUUCCCCAUCGGCCCCGCGGCUUGAUUUUCAGAAACAACCAACAUGUCGUCUGAGAUGCUGCCAGUGUGUCUUGCGACUCCUAAUGUGGGAAGAGAGCCAGGUGUAAGUGAUGGUGAAGAGGAUGGGCAGAAGCCAAGCUUAGAUGCAGGGACUGAGCCAAUAUCUAAGCGGCAGAUGAAGAAGCUGAUGAAGCAGAAGCAGUGGGAAGAACAGCGAGAACUUCGGAAGGAAAAACGAAAAGAAAAGCGCAAGAGAAAGAAAUUAGAACGACAGUGUCAGCUGGAAUCUAGUUCAGAUGGGAGCGACAGAAAACGCAUCCGAAGACAUGGUGUCCAUAGCAGCCUCCGCCUUAUCAUCGACUGCAGUUUUGACGAUUUGAUGGUGUUAAAGGAUAUUAAGAAGCUUCAUAAGCAGAUUCAACGAUGUUACGCAGAAAACCGACGAGCGUCACACCCUGUGCAGUUUUAUUUGACAAGCCAUGGAGGUCAGCUGAAGAAGAACAUGAAUGAAAACGACAAAGGAUGGGUCAACUGGAAGGAUAUCCACAUCCAGUCAGAGCACUAUAGUGAACUCAUAAAAAAAGAAGACCUGGUUUAUCUGACAUCAGACUCUCCUAAUGUACUGAAGGACUUAGAUGAAUCAAAGGCCUAUGUGAUUGGAGGCUUAGUGGACCACAACCAUCACAAGGGUCUCACACUUAAGCAAGCAUCCAGUUACGGAAUUGAGCAUGCACAGCUCCCUCUUGCAGAUUUUGUGAAGAUGAACAGUCGCAAAGUCCUGGCAGUUAACCACGUGUUUGAGAUUAUCCUGGAGUUCUUGGAAACAAGAGACUGGCAAGAGGCGUUCUUUACCAUCUUACCCCAACGGAAAGGAGCUGUUCCUGCACACAAAGCCAGUGAAAACUCUCCUCAGGACCAGCAGCCCCGGCCAGAAGCGGGGGGCAGUUCCAGCGAGGGAGAGCAGUCCAAGAAUGACCCCGACUCACCACAGAGAGAAGAGCAGGGCCAGCAGAGCAACCAGCCCGGUGUCCUCAGUGAGUCCCGUCCACAGUGACCAACCUUCCCUAGC